CUGUGUUACCACUUUUUACGCCUCUCCAAUCCAUUGUAGGAUGAUCAUGUUGCAAUAUUGAUAUGGUUUUUUAAUGAAUUGAAUGAAAACAGAGCAUAAUGUCAAAGUUGAACCUCACAGAAGACCAUUACUUCUUAGACAAAGGGCUUGUAAUAUGUUGGGAUAUGCAUCCUCCCCACACCUUCGGUAUAUUUUCAGGAAAAAAUCCGUUGCAAUUCUCUUUUUCCCUUGUCUUGUUAGAGAUCUCCACCAUUAUCGCCAUCUCCCGUCUUAUUCAUUAUCUUCUCAAGCCUCUCCGCCAGCCAAGAGUCAUUUCCGAGCUUCUAGUAAGUAGACUUCUUACCUUUUUCAGUUUUCAACAAAUACUAAUAUAAGUGAGUACAUUAUACUUAGUGGUUUGAAUUUUGUUUUGAAUCUUAAGGGUGGAAUAAUCGUAGGCCCAUCUAUUUUGAGCCGAAGCAAGGGAUUUCACAACUUUAUCUUUCCAGAUACUGCUGACUAUGCACUAAAAAAUAUUGGACUGAUUGGUUUUAUGUAUUUCCUUUUCAUAUCUGGUGUAAAGACAGAUUUGACACAGAUAAAGAAAGUUGGAAAGAAACAAUGGUACAUAGCCCUAUUUGGUGUGUCCGUUCCCAUGUUAUGUAGUCUUUUUAUUGGAAUAGGUCUUCGAAAAUCCAUGGAAAAAGAAUUAGCAAAAGUUUCUUCCAUGUUAGGAGUAACAUCGGAAUUUGCAAUUACAGCUUUCCCAGUUAUCUAUCAGAUUAUUAGAGAGCUUAAUCUUCUUAGCUCCGAAAUUGGAAGAAUGGCAUUAUCCACUGCCUUAAUAAGUGAUGUAAUUGGAAUCCAAUUUGUUGUUGUAUUUGAGGCAGUUAAACAAGGUGAACAUAAAAGUAUGGCUGCUUUGUGGUUUCUUAUUUAUUCUUUUUUGAUUGGAGCAUUCAUUUUUGGAGGGGUUAGACAAAUUAUGAUAUGGAUAAUUAAAGCAACCCCAAAAGGCAAGUCAGUGGAGCAAAUUUAUGUUGUUUUCAUACUCGUGGGAGUAAUGCUUUCUGGUUUCGUAUGUGAUUUGGGUGGUAUUGCAGUUGCUAAUGGGCCACUUUGGUUAGGACUCGCCAUUCCAGAUGGCCCGCCAUUAGGAGCUACUCUAGUGGAAAAGACAGAGACAAUUGUCAUGAAUAUUCUCAUGCCAUUUUCAUUUGCAUAUGUUGGGAUGUUCACUGAUAUUUCAUCUAUUUAUACUCAUUGGUCACAUCUUCAGCCAAUUUUUCUUAUGGCUCUCGUAGCUUAUGUUGUUAAAAUGAUUACUGUUCUCUUCACUUCCUAUUUUUUUAAUAUGCCAUUCAGAGAUUGUCUUGCUCUUAGCCUUGUCUUGAGCCUAAGAGGUGAAGUUGAGCUUUUGAUCUUCAUUCACUGGAUAGAUUUGAAGAUGAUUACGAGACCAUAUUUCACAAUGUUAGUGCUAAUGACAAUAGGGGUGACAUCUAUUGUGACUCCCUUGAUUAGUAUGGUAUAUGAUCCAACGAGGCCUUAUAUGAUUAACACAAGAAGGAACAUUCAACAUACCGCUUCAAACAUAGAGUUACACAUUAUAGCUUGCAUACAUAAUGAGGAAAAUGUGCCUGGUAUUAUAAAUAUUCUAUUUGAGGUCUCAAAUCCAACUGCUCAUACGAAUUUUAUGGUUCAUGCCUUGCACCUAAUGGAACUAGUUGGUCGUGCUGCCCCUAUUUUUAUCGAUCACCAAGAUUCAGAAAACUUAGAUCAAAAUCCAAUCCAUAAUGCAUUGAAGCUUUUCGGUGGAGAAAAUAUCAAGAUUAAUUCAUACACAUCAUAUUCUCCUAAGAAGAGCAUGUAUCAAGAUAUAUGCAAGUUGGCGCUAGAGAAGAAGGCUUCUCUUAUUAUACUUCCCUUUUAUAAAGGAACUCAAGUACUGACAAGACAAGGGGUUCAAUUAGUGAACACUAAUGUCUUAAACCAUGCUCCUUGUUCUGUUGGGAUUUAUGUGGAUGGGGGUGCUUCCCCUACUAGUCAUAAUGUACGUAGAUGGUCAUCAAUUCAUCAUUUGGCUUUACUUUUUAUGGGAGGAUCAGAUGCUAGAGAGGCCCUUUCUUAUGCUGAUAGGAUGGCUACAAAUCCAGAUGUAUCACUUACUGCUAUUCGUUUCCUUUCCCAUAAUGGUGAAGGGGAUAAUGAAAUGGAGAAGAAAUUAGAUGAUGGUCUGGUCACAUGGUUUUGGGUGAAGAAUGAAGGUAAUGAACAUGUUAUGUAUAAGGAAAUUGUAGUGAAGAAUGGGGAGGAUACAAUCGCAGCACUUCACACAUUACAGAAUGAACGAUUCUUUGAUCUUUGGAUACUUGGGAGGAAUGAAGGUAUAAAUCCUGUGCUAUUGCAGGGAUUAACAAAUUGGAGUGCUCAAAAUGAACUAGGAGUUAUAGGAGAAUUUCUUGUGUCAAUGAAUUCAGGUACCAUGGCUUCGAUUUUAGUGAUGCAACAACAGAUUUUGAAAGACCAAGAAACCACUUCUCUUGGUUUUCUACAAAAUAUUGCCACUUGUAGAUAGUAGAGACCUCAUAUUAAGGGGCUUUUUUAGGAAUAGAAAUGAUAUAUGUCAACCCAUACAAACAUCAUAAAAUUAUAUACAUAAUUUUCAUCAAGUGUGUGAUGAGUUACACAAAAUUUAAAAAGGAAAAGUACAAGCUCAAAACGGAUGAAUGGAGAGAUUAUACGGUCAAUAUUUAUUGUUAUUGUAAAAUACAAUUUUACUGAGAUAUGUUAUUUCAUGAAAUUGGA